UUCCAAACAAAGAUUUGUUUAAAAUUUGCUCAAGGAAGGAUAUCGUAUGGAGAAACCAGAAAACUGCAGCUUAGAAGUAUAUCAAAUGAUGUUAUCAGUGUGGCAUCCUAAUCCAUAUUGUAGACCAUCAUUUACAGAAUUAAAAAAAAAGUUGGAAGGAAUGUUAGAACAGACGAAGUCAUAUAUAAACUUGUCUGUGUCUAUAUCAAAAGAUUAUUAUGAAUCGUCCUCUCUAAGUGACCAUUCAGACAGAGGAACAUUACAUCCCAACGAUAAUACAACGUAUGUUGAAAUGUCAACUAAAGAUAGUAUACUGACUUACGAGACACCUUUAAAUGGAUGA